UGGCCAUCUCUAUCUAAUAACACAAAAUUCAGAUACGUUGUGCCGUGUGCACUCACAAAUAUAGACUACCUGCGUGCAGCAACCUUUCAGUUCAUUUAAGAUCGUUGCUAAUCGAGGAAAAGUACUUUGGCGCGGUGCUCCGAUAUAUUUCACCUAGUUUUAAAAAUUAAAUAAGAAAAAAUUCCAGUUACCUAAGAUAUAAACAUGCCGUUCACACCUGUUGAAACACCUAAAUGCCCAAAAUGUGGCAAAUCCGUUUAUGCCGCUGAAGAGAGAGUAGCUGGUGGUUACAAGUUCCACAAAACCUGCUUCAAAUGCGGAAUGUGCAACAAAGCUUUAGACUCCACGAACUGUACUGAACACGAAAAAGAGCUGUUUUGCAAAAACUGCCAUGCCCGUAAAUAUGGCCCAAAGGGUUAUGGUUUCGGUGGUGGUGCUGGAUGUUUGUCAAUGGAUACUGGAGCACAUUUAAACAGAGAUGACAUUGAUGGUGUACGUAAUGGUGCGCGCUUAGAGCCACGAGUAAUUGCUAAAGCUCCAGAAGGCCAGGGUUGUCCCAGAUGCGGUGGUUACGUAUAUGCGGCCGAGCAAAUGUUAGCACGAGGCAGACAAUGGCACAAGGAGUGUUUUAAAUGUGGAAACUGUUCCAAAGGACUUGAUUCUAUCCUUUGUUGUGAAGGUCCAGAUAAAAAUAUUUACUGCAAAGCUUGUUAUGCAAAGAAAUUCGGACCUAAAGGCUAUGGAUAUGGUCAAGGCGGUGGAGCUCUUCAGUCCGAUUGCUAUGAAAAUGGCGACUUGGCACCAAAAGUAGCAGAUAUAGAUGUUGGAAAGAUUCAAGCACGUGCCGGUGAAGGUUGCCCACGAUGUGGUGGCGUUGUCUUUGCCGCUGAGUUGGUGCUCUCGAAGGGACGCGAAUGGCAUAGGAAGUGUUUUAAAUGCAGAGAUUGCACAAAGACGUUGGAUUCUAUCAUUGCAUGUGACGGACCCGACAAAGAAGUUUACUGUAAGACUUGCUAUGGAAAAAAAUGGGGCCCUCAUGGCUAUGGAUUUGCAUGUGGAUCCAGUUUUUUGCAAACUGAUGGCAUGACUGAAGAACAAAUUUCUGCUCAACGUCCAUUUGUAUGCCCUGACACCACGUCAAUCAAAGCACCUGAAGGUGAAGGCUGUCCACGUUGCGGUGGCGCCGUUUUCGCCGCGGAGCAACAACUUUCUAAAGGCCGUAUGUGGCACAAAAAGUGCUACAACUGCACUGAAUGUCAUCGACCAUUGGACUCGAUGCUUGCGUGUGAUGGGCCAGACAAGGAUAUUUACUGUAAAGCAUGUUAUGGAAAACGUUUCGGUCCUAAAGGAUUUGGUUAUGGACACGCACCAACGUUGGUGUCCACUUCCGGUGAAUCCACAAUCCAUUUCCCUGAGGGUAAGCCGCUAACUGGGCCUCGUUCAUCAGGAGGUUGUCCGCGGUGCGGAUAUGCCGUUUUUGCCGCGGAGCAAAUGAUUAGCAAGAGCAGAAUUUGGCACAAGCGUUGCUUCCAUUGCGCUGACUGCAGAAAAUCUCUAGAUUCAACCAAUUUAAAUGAUGGUCCGGACGGUGAUAUUUAUUGUAGAGCAUGCUAUGGUCGCAAUUUCGGACCCAAAGGCGUUGGUUUCGGUCUCGGUGCAGGCACCCUUACAAUGACAUAAAGUACUUUUCCAAAUAUAUUUACAUACACAUACAAAUAAAUACAUAUAUGCAUGCAUAUAUAUAAUAUUAUAAAUAUAUAUAUGUAUAUACAUACAUGUUGUGUGUGUAUUUAAAUAUAUCUAGAAUAUUAUUGUGUAUACAUAUAAAAACUAAACUAUAAUUAAAAUCGAACUUAACGAAAUGACUAUAAUUUUCAGCACGAAGUAGGUAUUAUAUAAUUAAAAACCGACAAAAAUAACUAAUCGAUCUUUUUAAACGAAAACUCGCGCUACAAAUUAGUUUACAUCGAGGACGAAGUUCAAUUCAUUAUUUAUUUAUUAAUUUUUAAAUAAAUUAUAAAAAAAUGUGUAUAUAUUGAGAUGUUUAUAUUUAAACGUCACAUAUUUAUUUGUUCAAUUCAUUCAAUAACUUGUUGACACUGUUCUUAUCUAAAUAUUACCGUGUAUCAAUAAUUUGUAAGAAAAAUGUUGAAAUAAGCUAUUGAUUGACUUGCAUUAAUAAAAUAUGUAUGUAUAUACACAAUCAUUUCCGAAUACAUACUCUAUAUUUAGAAUUUUUUGUAAUAAACGACAACAAAAGUGUAUAUAUGUAUGUACGCAUAAUGCAAAAGUUGUCGCCAAGUAUUUAUGUAUAUUAGUGCCUUUUGUAUGAUUGUGCGUAUUUGAGAACAAAAUAAAUAACGAAGAACCCUAAUCUUUUUUAAAUAUAUAUAAAAAAGAAAACUUGA